GAGAGAGGAGCAGAGUGAGCGAGGCGGAGGCAGAGCGGCAGUAUCUGAUCUCUUCUGGCUCUGUGGAUGCAGCUUUCCUACUGUCCAGUUUUAUCCUGAAGGGACUCACUAACAAGCAUCAUUGAAUGAUGCACGAUAUUAAACCCCAGCCACUCAGGGUUAUCACCUGUGGGCUCUAUGCAACCUUUGGGGAUUGAGAUUACAAAGCAGGGACGGUAAGGACCCCAAUGGACCCACCGCUCACUGAGGAAUGGUCUCUUUCUAAAGGAUCAGAGGUGGAAUGUGUCUGAGAAGGGGCAUAAGGAAAGGAGAUGAUGAAAAUAAGUCAUAACAUGAUUCACUAUUCCUCUUAUGCAGUUUAUGAAUUUAUAUGGAAAUGAAGGCUGUGAAUGUUCAAGAAUCAAAGAAUCAAUCUUUUCAAUUGUUCUCCAAGGAUAUGACCUACACACUGCUAUCUGGCCUUCAUUGCAACUCGAUGUGAAGGGUUUAACCGGGUCAAGUCCAGAGGAGCAACCACACACACUAUUCUUCUUGGAACUUUCUACCUGUAUCAAGACAUGGUGACAAAGUGUGGUGGAGCACCUCGGGACGUGUUGAGACACGUACAAUACCUGAAAAGUGGAGAGAAGUGGAGACAGUAGGGUUGGCACUGGCAUCAUUUUCAAGAGGGAAGCAAUUGAAGGCAACAGUCCAAGGCCAGGACAAUGACAGAGCAAUGCCUGAAAGGAAGCAUUGAUGAGAGUGCACUGCACUGAUGUUGCCAGCCAACAUAGCUCUCUGUGUUUCACAAACAGACUUUUCCCUUUAGCUGAGUGGUGUUACUAUCCCCAAAGCAAAAACUCAUGGAAGAUUUUUUAUCUUUAUUGUCCGUCAAAUCGUAAUAUGUUCAAAAGAGAUUUUUGUAAAUCAAUUGGAUCAAGUGAAGAGCCAUCUUUUCACGUCAGAAUAUGGCCUCCUAUUAACAGGAUAAUGCACACAUCCCCAGUGUGGUUCUCUGCAGACACCAUGAGCAACAUGACUGUGCUCGACACUGCUGACCCGUAUGACCUUGACAUGACCUCAGACAAGGCCAUUUACCCUGUCAGCUUCCAGGUUUCUUUGACAGGCUUCCUAGUUUUGGAGAUAGUUUUGGGCUUGAGCUCCAACCUGACUGUGCUUGUCCUCUACUGUAUGAAACAGAACCUGAUCAGCUCCGUCUCCAACAUCAUCACCAUGAACCUGCAUGUGGUGGAUGUGUUGGUGUGUAUAUGCUGUAUCCCGCUGACAGCCGUGGUGGUGUUACUUCCUUUGGAGGCGGACACAGCCAUGAUCUGCUGUUUCCAUGAGGCCUGCGUCUCGUUUGCAAGUGUAGCGACUGCUUCAACCAUCCUGGCCAUCACUGUAGACCGCUAUGACAUCUUAGUGCGGCCGGCCAACCGUGUGCUUACAAUGGGCCGAGCUGUGGUUCUACUGGGAUCCAUCUGGGCUCUCUCCUUUUUCAGUUUCCUGGUUCCAUUUAUGGAAGUGGGAUUCUUCAUCAACUCUGAUUCAGAGUUUGUGAACCAGACUGCAGUUGUCACAGUGUCUCAUACUAAUGAGUAUUACACAGAGCUUGGUUUGUACUAUCACCUACUAGCACAGAUCCCUAUAUUCUUUUUUACAGCUUUAGUAAUGCUAGUGACUUACUACAAGAUCCUUCAGGCACUUAAUAUUCGCAUUGGAACACGCUUUCAGCACAACCUUCCUAAAAAGAAGCAAAAGAGUAAAAACACAAUCUCUUUGAGCACUGCGACUCAAGUCGAGUCUACAGACGCGUCACAGAGCAGCACAGGAGUCCGGGCAGGUGGGACUGCACCUUUGGGCAUGCGAGCGUCAGUGUCCGUCAUCAUUGCAAUAAGACGAGCAGUCAAGCGGCAUCGGGAGAGACGGGAGAGGCAGAGACGGGUCUUCAAGAUGUCUCUUCUCAUCAUCUCCACCUUCUUACUUUGCUGGACUCCAAUAACCGUGCUAAACACCAUCCUUCUCAGCACUGGGCCCAGUGAUUUAACUGUUCGCCUCCGCUUAGGCUUCCUGGUGAUGGCCUAUGGAACCACUAUCUUUCACCCGCUCCUCUAUGCCUUCACGCGACAGAAAUUCCAAAAAGUUUUGAAAAGCAAGAUGAAGAAGAGGGUGGUGUCUGUAGUAGAAGCUGACCCUACACCCAACAAUGUAGUCAUCCAUAACUCCUGGAUUGACCCCAGGAGAAACAAGAAGGUCACCUUUAAGGUCAUGGAAGCCAGACAAAAGUGUCUAUGCUCUCACGAUAUCGAGUAAUGGGAUUAAAGUUAACUUGUCAAUUAUGUAAAGUAAUUGGGAAUUUACCUGUUAAACGGGCUUUUUUUUCACAAAACUGUGUUUCAGGGCUUCUUAAAAUUUAAUAAACUAUGAAUUAAAUAUUUGUAC